AUGGAGCUAGAGUCGGAUGGCAAUGCCAUUAAUGGCCCUAAGUCUGCAGAUCAAGCUAAAUCUCUGCCAAAAAAAUCUUUUGCCAAAACCGACUCCCUACCUGCAAGUGGAGUCAACCCUAAUGCACGAUUUUCUAAGGCUCUUGGCAAAGAACGAUCCAGUGAGGAAGAAUCCAAUAGGGAGUACUUGAUGGAUCCCAAAAACACGUCCAGGGCUUCGUUUGGUGGAAGUAGUUCAGUCUACCAUGGAGUUACUAGGCAUAGACGGACAGGGAAAUAUGAAGCCUAUCUGUGGGACGGCAGCUGCCUUAAAGAUGGUCAUACCAGUAAGGGUCAACGAGGCAGAUUUGAUGAGGAGGAGAAAGCAGCCAGAGCUUAUGAUCUGGUAGCUCUCAAGUAUUGGGAUCAAUCAGCUUUAACCAACUUUCCGAUAGAAAACUAUGAGAGAGAGUUGGAACAGAUGAAAAACAUGUCAGAGCAGGGAUAUAUUAAAUUUAUAAGGAGGAGUAGCACUGGAUUUUCUAGGGGAAGAUCAGCCUACCGCGGAGUAACACGACAUCAUAAAGAUGGAAGGUGGCAGGCUAAGAUUGGGAGGAUUGAUGGGAACGACGUGUUGUAUCUGGGAACAUUCACCAAUGAGGAAGAGGCCGCCAAGGCUUAUGAUGUUGCUGCCAUUAAAUUAAGAGGAGAAAAAGCUAUUACAAACUUUGACACAAGCAGGUAUGAUGUGAAAGGCAUCAUGAACAGCAAACUACAUGUAGCAAAGAAGAAAAAACGAACUCGAGUUGAAGCAGAAAAUGAGGAAACCAGUGGGAACAAUGAUGAUUUUCCAUACAAUCAGUUUGGCUUCGAAUCUACAACCAAUGUGGAAAGCACUGAGAACAUAUCUUCCUGCACAGACUGUAUUGCACCCACAGCCAUUAACUGUCAUGCAAUCUCAAAAACAAUGGCAACUACCCAUGGACUGGUCACGGGAGAACCCUCUCUUCAAUCACACACUACUCUGGCAGCUCCAUUCAGUUAUAUUCCAGAAGGGUUAGUUUUUUCAAAGGCACCAGCUUUUGAAAAUACGCUCUCUUUGGGCACCUCCACAUUCUGCUCUCCCGGGCAGUCCUCGGGUCUUGUGAGAACUGGUCAUGAGAGCAUAAAGAAUGAUACCAAUUGCAAAACACCCUUCCUUCGGGAUUUAGAAAGUGGACCUAGUGUAGGAACAUCAUGUCAGCCUCCUCUUAAGUUCAAUAUCUGGAGUGAUAUAAAGAUGUAA